AUGAUGAUACCCAAGACGAUUAAGGACAUCCAGAGCCUUACCAAGCGUGUCACAACCCUAACCAGAUUCAUCUUCAAGGCUACUGAUCGAUGUGCCCCAUUCUUCAAGGCACUUAAGGGUAGUAAACGAAGCAUUACCUGGACUGCCGAUUGUGACAAGGCAUUCAGCGAGCUCAAUGAGUAUAUGAGCCGGGCCCUUUUAUUGUCAACCCCUGAGCCUGGAGACAUCAUUAUGAUGUAUCUCUCUGUCUCGGCUGCAACGGUUAGCUCUGUGCUCAUCCGACCAAAGGAAAAUGUUGAGCACCCAGUGCAUUAUGUUAGCAAAGCGUUACAAGAUGCCAAGGUUCGGUACCCAGACAUUGAGAAGUUGGCCCACGCACUAGUAGUCUCGGCUCGACGCCUCCGACCAUACUUCCAAGCUCACACCAUCUAA